AAAACUAGAAACCCUUGCACAAACCCCAAAAGACUUCACUCUAUCGUACACACUUCAUCCACUAUCCCGCCGGCGUCGCCUUUCCCAUCUCCAUUCCGCCACAACCGCCGCUCCUCGCCGCCGCCGCCGCCGUCUCCAUCCACAACUCAAUAGGGAAAGACGAAAGGCAUGGCGUUUGUUCUCGAAGUUCCAGUGACUCUACUUGAACGUCGACAUAAUCUUGUUUCAUUUUCAAGGAGUAGACCUAGAAGAGCAUCAGCAUAUGCUAGUUUUAGUACAACACCACAAAGGCGCGCAUUUUCAAUAUCAGCUACACUAAACACACCGGUUCAGAGCGUUGAUGACAAGCAUCUAGCUCGUGCUACUGAUAUUGCUCUCCCGAUCAUGGUGAAUAGUUGUAUGGGGAAAAUGGGGCAAGCGGUUAUUGAAGCGGGACUAUCUGCAGGGCUUCAUGUUGUUCCAGCAUCAUUCGGCAUCGAAAGUGAUGCGGGGAAAACAAUUCAAGUCGGAGGGAAAGAUAUUCAAGUGUACGGUCCCUCUCAAAGAGAGACUACCCUUGCAUCACUUGUUGAACAAUAUCCAAAUUUGAUCGUUGUCGACUUCACUGUACCUAAUGCCGUUAAUGAUAACGCUGAUUUAUAUUGCAAAAGCGGAGUGCCUUUCGUGAUGGGAACCACUGGUGGAGAUAGAGAUCUUUUGUAUAAAACUGUGGAAGACGCGAAACUUUAUGCUGUGAUCUCUCCUCAAAUGGGAAAACAGGUUGUGGCGUUUCUGGCAGCCAUGGAAAUUAUGGCGAAGCAGUUUCCUGGAGCAUUCUCUGGAUAUACACUACAGGUGAUGGAGUCUCAUCAAGCUACGAAAUUGGACACAUCUGGAACAGCAAAAGCCGUCAUCUCAUGUUUCCAGAAACUCGGAGUCUCCUUUGACUUAGAUGAGAUACAAUUAAUACGAGAUCCGAAGCAACAGAUUGAAAUGGUUGGUGUUCCAGAGGAGCACAUUAAUGGACAUGCAUUCCAUAUGUAUCAUCUCACAUCUCCUGACGGAACUGUUUCUUUCGAGUUUCAGCACAAUGUUUGUGGGAGAUCAAUCUAUGCGGAAGGUGCUAUUGAUGCCGCACUGUUUCUCGCUAAAAAGAUCCAAUCAAAAGCAGAUAAGAAGAUAUAUGACAUGAUUGAUGUCUUGCGCGAGGGUAACAUGCGUUGAGAGAUGACAUAUGUAUGCUGGCUGGCUCUUAUCAGAAAACGUCGUUUUUGUAUUAGCAGUUAACGUCUCUAGUUUUUAGGUUAUUUUUGCAAGCAUUGUCAUGAUUUGUGUAGGAAAUUUUGCCAUAUUAAUUUUACUUGAAUGCAGGAUGAUGAAACCAACAAAGACUGUAACAAACCUUUUGUCAACCUAUGUGACUUAGCCGCUCUUCCGUUUAGAACAAAAUCCUUUUUUUUUGAA